AGUAAAAAUUGUAAAUAAAAGUAAAGCAAAGGGUCUCCGCAACUCUUAAAUCUUCGUUUAACUAUUCGCCGGCAGAUGACGCACCAAGGAAGCCAUUCAGAUACCAAUUAGAAAUUCCCUACUCGUUUUGCUUUCGGAACUUUUCCUAUAGGAUUAUAAGAAUCAGCUGUUUUUGACAUUUGUGAAUUUGUUUACGAAAUGAUUAAGAAUUUGCUGUAGCACUUAACAUUAACUGAAAUUUUCCAUUUAAAAUGCUUCAAACUCCAGCUGUAACAUUUGUUAAUCCACGCUACGGUCAACUGGUCAUAGGACCACCUGGUUCUGGUAAAACAACAUAUUGUCAUAAUGCAUACAACUUCUACAAAGAGCUGGGACGUGAUAUUGGUGUCAUCAAUCUCGAUCCGGCCAAUGAGAAUAUGGAAUAUACACCAAUAGUUGAUGUAAUGCAAUUGAUCACCGUUGAAUAUGUUAUGGAGCAAUAUCAUUUGGGACCAAAUGGCUCACUUAUGUAUUGUGUGGAGUAUCUGGAAGCACAUCUCGAAGAUUGGUUUUUGCCAGAGCUGCGUAAAGCUAAUGCAACUUGUAAUUAUUUCCUUUUCGAUUGUCCUGGACAAGUAGAAUUGUAUACACAUCACACCGCUAUGGCAAACAUAUUUGAACGUUUACAAAAAGAAGGCUAUCAUUUGGUUACAAUAAAUCUUAUCGAUUCACACUAUUGCUCAGAACCAACAAAAUUUGUAUCCACACUGUUGUUAGCUUUAAAUAUGAUGCUACGCAUGGGCUUACCACAUGUGAAUGUGCUUUCUAAAGCGGAUUUGUUGCGCAAACAUGAAUCGAAACUACAAUUCAAUUUGGAUUUCUACACAGAUGUAUUGGAUUUAAAAUAUCUUCUGGAAUCGCUCGAUGACACACCAUCAAUGAAAAAAUAUCGCAAGCUAAAUGAAGCUAUAUGCUCAAUGGUAGAAGAUUAUGCCUUGGUAUCUUUCCAAUUGUUGAAUGCGCGCAGCAAGGCGAGUAUGUUACGCUUAAGAAAUCACAUUGACAAGGCGAACGGCUACAUAUAUAAGGCGGGUGAAGAGACGGCGGUGAAUUCAUUAUUAGCAUGUGCUGUUGGCGCCGAAGCGGAGGCAAUGCGUCAAGGACAUGAUAUUGAUCCGUACGUAACAUGAGGUGGUGCGAUGACAAUUUAAUGUAAUUAUAGUUUAAUAUGAUCAAAUACAGAAAUGCUUUAGUAUUUUGUAAGUUUAAAUGAUUAAUAAUGUGCUCUUUUUUUAACGGUUUCACACAAUAAUUAUAUUAAAAUGAGCUUUGUAAAUUGUAUACUUGUGCUAAUUGUAUAUAUGUAUGAUUACAUGUAAGUAUAUAAAUAUAUAGGACGCUUGUCUUGUACGUUAAAG